CUUUCUCUUUACUCAACAGUCUAAAGUCUCACCUUUUACAUUUAUCUUUAUUGAGCAGAUGUGGACUAACAAGCGGACAUGAUGCAAUACUGGACAGCUGUUACUCGUUUUAUCCUAAGAUAGAGACGGAAUAACCAAAGGCUAUUCUUUCUCGAUUCGCAUUAAUUCCGCGAAUGUGCCCUUUGCCCCUUUAUUUAGCCAACGGACUUAACUGCGCCAUCCUGAAAUCUUUUCUCGUACACUCUUCAGGUCUUGUAUAUGUCUGAGAUAACAGAGUUCGUUGUGAGGCGCGUGCAAAAGUUGCGUUAUGAUGUAUGAAAGUUGCAGCGCUCGCGACUGCUAAUGUGCAUUAGCUAGCGCGCUCGAGGUCGCAAACGAGUCCGUCUAAUCAAACUCUGAAGUACAAACCGCUUGUGGACAGUCUGUAUACCGUGUCGUCGGUUUAAAAUGACAUAGAGCGAAUGACAUAAGCAGUGCAGGCUACACACGGAGUGACCGUUUCUGUUUCGACCGCAUCCAAAUGAAGCGGCGGUGUUUGUGUGUUCGGUGACACUUUUGACAUUAGCAUCAGUGUCAGCUCGUUUGUCGAUUCGGAUUAAGCUUUCAUUGUGAUUUGUAUUCGCAUGGCUCGAGGGUAACUUGUACUGGAGUUUGUUUUUCCUUUUUUUUUCGUUGUUGUUGGAGGGGCGUUUACCGUGUUGAAGCUAGCAGAAGCUUUUUGACGGGUAGAUCACGGGCUGUCGGGAGUUUGACAAGCAGCUUAUGUAAUGCUGGCGAUUCCCCGCUCGACCUCAAAAGACGAAUAACAACGAGUAUUCAGAGCGCGGCUAAGUUUAUUUCGUGACACGACUUGUAUGCGUCGUCAUUACGGCGCAUUUUGUUGCGUUUGCGACUCGCUGCUGUUGAAACACUGUCGAAGCUGCAGCGCGUCUUGUCAAAUCUAUUUACCAUGCGGGAAGUUAAACGAGAAACUAUUGUGAACACCAUCUAAACGCAUGAACAGCUUUGGACUUGUGUAGAAAUGCAUUUUUCGUCUUAAAUCUUGUAAAGGACUGAGAUAUGGACCGUGGACUAAAACGCAGCAGUAACAAUGCUGAGAAUUUAACUUUUGGGGAAUGUAUCGAGAGAGGCCUCAUACCGGAAAUUGGUGUCAGUGUGCCCACUUUAAAUACAUCAAAAGAUUUCUCAAACGGACUGAGCGGUAGUGACGCUCAAAGAGGUCUGUCUAUGGUGGAUCCAUCCUUAAUGGGAAGUAACAUACAAGAACCAGAUGUUAAAGUAUUUAAACACUUCAGAAUGCAGCAGGAGCACCAGCAAAAGGGAAAAGAGCCCCUUAGUCUCAACAUUGGGGAGAACUUUUCACUCUUGGACGAGAGCAUUGCAGACUUAAAUCGUGGUUCUGGCAUCCAGUCGCAGGACACUUUUACAAUGAAAAUGGAAGAACUGUCCCCCAUGGAGAAAGAUAGGCUGGACUUUCCACCCUAUGGCCAGCUGGAGAAGGAAAUGGAUGGCCACGAGAGGGUUAUUGGAGACAACACCAUGGACAUCCUAAAGGAUCUGGACUUACCCGACUCACUCACUGACCUGAAUGAGAUCUACGUUGCCGACGAGGCUGCCUUUCUCUCCUCGCUGGCAGUGGAUGAUGCCCUGCUGGGAGAAGGCAACUUGCUGAAGGAUACCAGCCCUGUUGUCACUGGCAACAGUGCAGCCUGCACAAAUGUGAACGGCACGAGGAAACGGCAGCAGAUGGUGGAAGCCAGUGUCAACAUGCCGGUCAUAAAGACGGAGAAAGAGACAGACUUUAUCCAGCUGUGUACACCGGGUGUCAUCAAACAGGAAAGUGAGAGGCGGAGCUACUGUCAGAUGUCAGGGAUGGGUGGGUCUCACGGUGGGCCCACCACGUUGGGCGAUAUGGGUGGCCAGGGAUACCACUAUGGAGCGAACACCGCCUCAGCUGUGAAUUUACCAGAUCAGAAACCUCCGUUCGGCCUGUUUCCUCCCCUACCCACCAUGAGUGACGGCUGGGGUAGAGGAAAUGGAUAUGGAGAUUCAUCUGGGAUGCAGAGAGCCAAUGAGACAGUACUUCCGUCCACCUAUCCAUACAGCAGAUUCGAUGCUCACGCUGGUUGCCAGAUUGAGGACACGCAACAGGAACGAGAGCAAUUGACAAUGGAAGGCGAGGAGAUUUACACACUCUCUUUGGCCAGGCCUGAACUGAGCAGUUCCAGUUCAUCCGGAUCGGUCAAGCCCAGCGGAAACGGCCAUAAGAUCUGCCUGGUGUGCUCAGACGAGGCCUCUGGAUGUCAUUAUGGUGUGCUCACCUGUGGCAGCUGCAAGGUUUUCUUCAAAAGAGCCGUAGAGGGAUGGAGAGCACGGCAAAACACAGAUGGGCAGCACAACUAUCUCUGCGCCGGAAGAAAUGAUUGCAUCAUCGACAAGAUAAGGAGGAAAAACUGCCCGGCAUGCCGCUUCCGCAAGUGUCUUCAGGCCGGCAUGAAUCUGGAAGCUCGAAAAAACAAGAAACUAAUGCGGUUACGGGGUCAUUCGUCCUCAAGUGAGCAGGCGCCCGCUCUGCCUGAUGAGCGCAUGUGCUCGCUGGUGCCCAAGGCCAUGCCCCAGCUGGUGCCCACCAUGCUGUCCCUGCUCAAAGCCAUUGAGCCAGAGAUCAUUUACUCGGGCUACGACAGCACCAUCCCGGACACGUCCACCCGCCUCAUGACGACGCUUAACCGCCUAGGCGGCCGCCAAGUCGUCUCCGCAGUCAAGUGGGCCAAAGCCCUUCCUGGCUUCAGAAACCUGCACUUGGAUGACCAGAUGACGCUGUUGCAGUGCUCCUGGCUCUUCCUCAUGUCAUUCAGCUUGGGCUGGAGAUCCUACCAGCAGUGUGAUGGAGGCAUGCUGUGUUUCGCUCCAGACCUCGUCAUCAAUGAAGAGAGGAUGAAACUGCCCUACAUGAAUGACCAGUGUAACCAGAUGCUGAAGAUUGCCAGUGAGCUGGUCAGGCUGCAGGUGUCCUAUGACGAGUAUCUCUGCAUGAAAGUGCUCCUCCUCCUCAGCACAGUACCAAAGGAUGGCCUUAAAAGCCAAGCUGUGUUUGAUGAAAUCCGCAUGUCGUACAUCAAGGAGCUGGGAAAAGCCAUUGUUAAACGAGAGGAGAACUCCAGCCAGAACUGGCAGAGGUUCUACCAGCUCACUAAGCUUUUGGACUCCAUGCAGGAGAUGGUGGAGGGACUUCUCAGCUUCUGUUUCUACACGUUUGUGAAUAAAUCUCUGAGCGUGGAUUUUCCUGAGAUGUUGGCAGAGAUCAUCAGCCAUCAGCUACCAAAAUUUAAAGACGGGAGUGUCAAGCCUCUCCUGUUCCAUCAGAAAUGACUGCCUUAGAUCAUAACAAUGCCUUAACACCACCCUUCCCUUACCAGCGCUAGUCCAACCUGCCCGCUUGCCCCCAAACAUCCUGAACGAAUCGAGGGAUACAAUCGCUUCUGCUCGAUUCUCAGAGGAAAGAGGUGAAGUUCGCUCUUCGCAAAUGUUUGUGGAGCAGGACAAAGCAGAGUCAUGUACUUGGAGCAGACGAAAUAUGACUUUUAGAAAGACAUAUUUUGAGUGAUAUUUUCUCUUUUUUUGCAUGUACACUGCUGAAAUGUUUACAAAGGUAUAUCAAAAAAGGGAAAUGUGCCUUUUUUGCGCUUUGCGAAUCAAUUUCAGACAUUUCUCAGGCUAACGCAAUGACUUGGCAUACGCAAUUUAUGUCGGCGACUCACGUCUGUUUCUGCUCUUGUCUAAACCUGCCGCGGCGGUUCUCUGUAGGUGGCAGCUCAGCGGUCCCCUGAGGUGCUCAACAUUUUGAAGCAGCCCAUGAAACCUGAGACCCCGUGGAAAUGCCGUGUGAUAAUUCGGCUCAAAUCAAGAUCUGUUCCGUGACUGGCAGCAAAUUCUAAGUUGUUUCUUUGUUUUUAAAAUAGCUCACCCAAAAAUGAAAAUUCUUCCAGCAUUUUACCCUCAUGUUGUUCCAAACUUGUAUGCCUUUCUUUAUUCCGUGGAACACGAAAUGGAAUUCUGAAUAAUUUCCUGGUUGCAGUUUUCAAUUAAGCUGCAGUGGCUGAAGCUUUCAAGCGUCAAAAAAAAUACACAAAAGAGAAAAAAAAAAAAAUCUAAACCUAAAGUGAAGUCUUUAUUCACUGAAAAUGUACAAGAUCAUGAGUUUUUGUCAGCUCUCAUUCUCUUCCAUUAUUUCGAAAAGAAAGUUUAUGUGUUCCACGAGAAAAAGCAAUUCAUACAGGAAUACACUGCAAAAACAUACAAAUAAAUAAAUAAAUAAAUAAUAAUGUUUUUCUUACUUAGUAUUUUUGUCUUGUUUCCUGUCCAAAUAUCGAAAAAUUCUUAAAAAAAAAAAAAAAAAAAAAUCUAAAUAAA